UCAAUAAUGUGCAAUGGAGCUGAGAAUAGAUUGGUAAUCGCUGAUGAGGCUGAAGUUUCACACCACUCUCUCUCCUGGUGCACAACAACAAAUACCACAACAAAUAGGGAAAUAUUGGGGAGAGGGGUAGACACAUGCUUUGAGGGUUUGGCUUUCUUUUCUGCCUUAAUACCUACCUGAAUUCUUCGCUCUAAGCUUUGUCUCCUCUCUCCCUCUCUAUCUCUCGCUCUCUCUCUCUCUCUCCCUCCCUCUCCGUCUCUCUGUCUCUGUCUCUGUCUCUGUUUCUCUCUCAUCCGUUGAAGCUUCUUCAAUCUAAUUCUGUAAGAGACAUAAUUUGCUGGACAAUCGUGAAGAUUUUAAGGGUUUACCCACAAACCCACGUAGCCUCAGCUCUCAGGGUUUUUGAGCUGAAAGACUAUUGCUUUCUGGGUGUUUUUGCGUUCCUUAAGUGGUUUUGGGAAUUGGGUAUCUGAGGACUGAGGGCAAUGAUAUAUGUUUCUGGGUCUGUGUCACUUAUAAGAUAUGGGCAGUUGAGAUUGAAAGGUAUUGGCAUCUGGGUCUGUGUGAAUUGAUUGAGAUAUGAGUCGUCGGGUGCGGCGGAAGGUGGCGAGGAAGGGGAAGGUUUUGCCAAGUUAUCCUGAAGUAGAAGAUGAAGUUUUGGUUUUGGAGAGAAAAGAGAAUGUAGAUUGGACUAACCUGCCUGAUGAUACAGUGAUUCAGCUGUUUUCAUGUCUGAAUUAUCGUGACCGUGCAAGCUUAUCAUCAACCUGUAGGACAUGGAGGGUUCUAGGGAUGUCUUCUUGUUUGUGGAACUCUUUGGAUCUUCGUGCACACAAAUGUGAUGUUUCCAUGGCAGCUUCCCUUGCUUCUAGAUGUGGGAAUCUUCAGAAGCUUAGGUUUCGUGGUGCAGAGUCUGCUGAUGCAGUAAUACAUCUUCAAGCUAGGAAUUUGUGUGAAAUAAGUGGCGAUUAUUGCAGGAAAAUAACUGAUGCGACUCUUUCUGUGAUUGUGGCUCGACACGAGGCACUUGAAAGCCUCCAGCUUGGGCCAGAUUUCUGUGAAAGGAUCAGUAGUGAUGCUAUAAAAGCAAUAGCGUUUUGCUGUUCUAAAUUGAAAAGGCUUCGACUCUCAGGAAUUAGGGAUGUUCAUGGUGAUGCCAUUAAUGCCUUGGCAAAGCAUUGUCCAAAUUUGACUGAUAUUGGGUUUAUAGACUGCCUCAAUGUAGAUGAGAUGGCUUUGGGAAAUGUAGUAUCAGUUCGUUUCCUCUCAGUUUCUGGGACAUCAAAUAUGAAGUGGGGUGUGGUUUCGGACUUCUGGCAUAAGCUGCCCAAGUUGACUGGGUUAGACGUUUCAAGAACUGAUAUUGGUCCAGCUGCUGUGUCAAGACUGUUAUCCUCAUCAGACAGCUUGAAGGUUUUUUGUGCCUUGAAUUGUCCAGUUCUUGAAAAAUAUACUAGUUUUCAUGUCAAUAAAAAUAAAGGUAAACUGCUACUUGCCCUUUUUACUGAUAUUUUCAAAGAAAUAGCUUCGUUAUUAGUCGAUACUACGAACAAAGCGAAAAAUGUGUUUUUGGAUUGGAGGAACGUAAAGAAUAAGGACAAAAACUUGGAUGAAAUCAUGAAUUGGGUUGAGUGGAUCCUAUCCCAUACACUUUUGCGCAUUGCCGAGAGUACUCAACAGGGUUUGGAUGAUUUUUGGCUCAAGCAAGGUGCGGCACUGCUGCUUAGUUUAAUGGAAAGCUCGCAAGAGGAGGUUCAAGAAAGGGCUGCUACAGGACUUGCAACGUUUGUUGUCGUUGACGAUGAACACGCCAACAUAGAUUGGGGAAGGGCUGAUGCAGUUAUGCGAGAUGGUGGCAUACGUCUCCUUCUAGAUCUAGCAAAAUCAUGGCGGGAAGGGCUUCAGGCAGAGGCUGCUAAGGCUAUAGCAAACUUGUCUGUGAAUAACAAUGUCGCAAAAGCUGUUGCUGAAGAAGGAGGAAUCAACAUUCUUGCUGGUUUGGCGAGGUCCAUGAAUAGGCUGGUUGCUGAAGAAGCUGCUGGGGGACUAUGGAAUCUUUCUGUUGGAGAAGAGCACAAGGGUGCCAUUGCUAAAGCUGGAGGAGUAAAAGCAUUAGUUGAUCUUAUAUUCAAAUGGGCUAAUGGUGGCGAUGGAGUCCUGGAACGUGCAGCUGGUGCAUUGGCAAAUUUGGCAGCUGAUGACAAGUGUAGCACAGAGGUUGCAGUGGCGGGCGGUGUACAUGCUUUAGUGAUGCUUGCCCGUAAUUGCAAAUUUGAGGGAGUGCAAGAGCAGGCUGCUCGUGCCUUAGCUAAUUUGGCUGCUCAUGGAGAUAGCAACAGUAACAAUGCUGCUGUUGGACAAGAGGCAGGUGCUCUUGAAGCACUUGUUCAGCUGACACGAUCUCCUCAUGAAGGUGUCAGGCAAGAAGCUGCUGGUGCAUUGUGGAAUUUAUCGUUUGAUGACAGAAAUCGAGAAGCGAUCGCCGCUGCUGGUGGCGUAGAGGCCUUGGUUGCUCUUGCACAAUCUUGUUCAAAUGCCUCCCCAGGUCUUCAGGAGAGGGCUGCCGGUGCUCUCUGGGGAUUGUCUGUGUCAGAAGCCAAUAGUGUUGCGAUUGGUCGUGAAGGAGGUGUGGCACCUCUAAUUGCAUUGGCGCGCUCUGAAGCUGAGGAUGUCCAUGAAACAGCUGCAGGAGCUCUUUGGAAUCUUGCUUUUAAUCCUGGUAAUGCUCUCCAUAUAGUGGAGGAAGGGGGAGUUCCUGCCUUAGUUGAUCUUUGUAAGACAUCAGUAUCAAAAAUGGCACGCUUCAUGGCUGCAUUAGCAUUGGCAUACAUGUUUGAUGGGAGAAUGGAUGAAUUUGCUCUGAUAGGGACUUCAUCAGAAAGCGUUUCAAAGAGUGUAAGUUUAGAUGGGGCUAGAAGGAUGGCUUUGAAACACAUAGAAGCCUUUGUCCUGACGUUUUCUGAUCCACAAGCAUUUGCUGCUGCUGCCGCAUCAUCAGCGCCUGCAUCAUUGUCACACGUAACUGAAGGAGCUCGUAUUCAAGAAGCAGGGCAUCUGAGAUGCAGUGGAGCUGAAAUUGGGAGAUUUGUUGCCAUGUUAAGAAAUCCGUCAUCUAUACUCAAGGCAUGUGCUGCGUUUGCACUUCUGCAGUUUACUAUCCCCGGUGGCCGGCAUGCUGUGCACCACGCGAGCCUCAUGCAGAAUGCAGGAGCAGCACGCGUUCUGCGUGCUGCAGCUGCAGCAGCGACUGCCCCACUCGAAGCCAAAAUAUUUGCAAGAAUUGUACUUCGCAACCUUGAGCGCCACCACAUGGAACCAUCACUUUGAAAGAGUAAUUCUGCUUUCAAGACCCAAUAUAUUGGCUGCCAAUUCCAUAUCAAGCUAUGGAGGUUCCAUUCAUAGACUGCAGUAUAAGCAACAUAAGAACACAUUCUGGUCUCUGUUAGUCUCUAUGUAAAAGAACCAAUUGUACUGUAGAAAUGUAUUUUUUUUUCUUCCUUUCGGCCCUCCCAUUCUUAGGCAUUUAAAGCUGGUUUAUCUAGGUUUCAAUGAUUUUUCCUUUUUUUUUUUUUUUUUUAAUUUUAUUUUACUUUGUAACAAAUCUCCACAUAUUAAAAGGUACUGUAGGCGGGGGGGAUUGAUGUAAGAACCAUUACCUUGUCAUUUUUGUAUGAAUUUGUUUUGACAAAACCAUGUUUACAAUCAUAUUAUAUAAAAGCUGCUUUUAGACUUGUGUAGAA